AUGUGUAUUCCACGUAGAGUUUUGACUUGUAAAACUCAUCAAAAUCGUCAGAACAGAUUCUUCGCACUGGUGUCCUCAUACUUUCCGCAGCUUUGCAUUGUUUUCCAGUUGUUUAGACUAUUGACUCUGGUAUUGUUUUCAAUAUUCAUGAUUGACUGCACCUUGUACCAUGACUCAACUAGUGUGGACUGCAACGGAUUUACCGUUUACCAUAUAGCAAACUGCGACCCGUACUGCUGGAAGACGAUAUGGCUAGCGUGCUCGAUCAUAACAUCCACCGUGUGGCUUCUUUUACUCAACACAAAGAUGUUACCAAAGUUAAGACCGUUAAGGAACAAAAAAAUAUUCAUGAGUAUCAUCAAAAAGCCCUACUUCUGGUCUCUCAACACAAUCACAGGUACCGUUGUUCUUUAUGAUGUAUUAAUCAUGGUCAGCAAUAGUCAUGCGAAGAUUUAUGUCGAAUGCUUAGUGGUGGUUUCAAAACUAUGGACAUUGCUUUUGUUAUUUCAGUUGAACUUUACAUUUCCGCCUUCAAGGAAAAAAGGCUUUCGAGUCAUUUCCAGAGGUGCCUAUUGUUUAACUAUGUCUGUUUUUGUCUUGGACAAUCUUUGCAAGUUUUUAACCGUUUCAAGUCAGGUCGCCUUCAAGUUAUACACAGUGGAGUAUGGCGAAACAAAGCCAAUGACCAUAGUAGACCUCAUGUUAAUGAUUAUAAAUGCUUCCCUGUACCUCAACUUUCUUCAGUUUUUUUGGCAGAAGCUUUUUCGAGGCGAUAAAGAUAUUCUGACAAUAUUCAAACAAGAGGUUGGGUUAACAGAAGAUAUGCGACGAGUUCUACGUAGACGAAAAUCCAUCUGACAGAGGUUAGCGAGAAGGAAUUUAAUCUCUACUUUUGAAAAAGAAUUUCUCUCUACCUGAAAACUCACGGAAUUGAUUCCAUACAGCUAUCAAAUAUUGAUAAAAGUUAUUGUAUCUCCACAGUAUUUCCUCUCUUUAGUAGUUUUUUUUUUUUAUCUUUUAAUAGCAUUCGUGGUCAACUUGAUCUCAUAGAGUAGCAUCAAUUUUCAAUGGUACAAACUGAAGAUAUAUAUGAAUGCUGUAAUGUAAUUUGAAAUACUUUCCAUAGAUUUUGUGGCAAGGUCCGUAUCAACGGUAAUCACAACAUCUGUAGAGUCGUCUUUAGUGAAAUUAGAAUGGUGUUAGGUUUAUCGAUGUCCUAGAAGAGAAUCACAAGGCUUGCGUCACGGUCUUACUAUUUUUAAUUUUGGCUUUUCUGUCCCUUUGAUCAGUUUCAAAUCGUAUAGUAUUUGUUUCCUUGGAAAGGGUGAUUUAUUUAAAGUAUUCUUUGACACAAAGGAAAACGUCCGAACACAGACAGGUGUUCAAACUAACUUUUUUGUUCCUAUGUUCAAGGACAAUAGGAACAAAAUGCUUUCUAGGUCGUUCAAAACAGUAUUAUAUUCACGAGCCAUGCAAAGCACACUGGCCAUCGUAGUGUAUCGUGAUUCCCACGUGUGGGAUUUGCAUCUAUAAAUAUACAUAUAGCGUGUAUUUAAUUUAUUGUAGUAGUUCUUUUACGGUUAAGAGUAAGUGUGUAACUGACGUGAAUAAACGGUUUUCACUUUAGCCGUGGUGUACCGCAAUCAUGACCCACCGAUAGUUCUAAGCCACGGACUCAAAACAUUACAUGUAGCAUAUUUUCAGUUUAUCGCUUACACAGCUUGUAUCAAGACAGAAAUCAAGAUUCGAAAAAGAGUUCACUGAGAAAAUUUCCCCUUUUUCACAGAAAUUUUAAUCCAAGAGCAUAUUUUAUAACGGGAAAAAAUAGACAUAGGAAAAGGGAAAAGGGACUUGGAAUCUAAAACUAACUAUCAUUAAGUAAGACGGUUCUAUAGCUAUCCUUCUAUUCUCUAAUCUGCUUCUACAUGUAUAAAGUAUGGCACAGCAGCAUAUGAAAUAAAGGAAGUUUGGUGAGUGGA